CCCGUAAAUUAAAAAUACUGGAACUACCUCCGGCUCCGGGUAGGUAGAGGAUCCUCUUAGAAAACAAGGACUAUAUAAAACGCCAAAUGUAAAAAACCUAUAGGCCGUUUCUCCAAGCCUUUUAUGAGUCUUAAUUAGUUCAGGUGGUUCUACUUUUAGCAGAGGGACUUGAGACUGAGUGAAAAGGAAAAAUGUGGAGCUCAAGGCUGCUAAUUAUAGCAGUGUUGGUGACAAUAGAAUGCAUGGAAGUUGGUUUAAACACACUCAAUAAAGCUGCUACCACCAGAGGAAUGAGCAAUUUCGUUUUCAUAUUCUAUGCCAACGCCUUGGCUUUGUUCUUCCUCGUCCCUUCUACUUUUAUCUAUCAUAGAAUCAGGCCUUGCAGAAAGCUCAAAUUUUCUAUAUUCUGUCGGAUGUUUCUUCUUGCCAUUCUCAGCUGCUCUGUGCAAAUAUUGUUGUACAUUGGGAUAGAGUGUAGCAAUCCAACUCUGGCCUCAGCAAUGACUGAUCUUGUUCCAGCUUUCACUUUCCUAAUUGCUGUAAUCGCCGGGAUGGAAAAGUUGGGAUUAAAGUUGAAAAGCAGUCUGGCAAAGUCUAUUGGGACAACAAUAUUAAUUAUUGGGGCCCUGCUUAUGACUUUUUAUAGAGGCCCUCCCAUAUUUCUCAAUAAAUCAAUAUCCCCCAAAUCUUUUCAUCAACUUCACAUCAGUACAAAAUCAAAUUGGACCCUUGGGGGAUUUCUACUUGCUGCUGCUAAUUUCUUGCUUGCAUGCUUAUACAUCGUUCAGGCAUGGGUUAUGAAUGAUUAUCCAGAAGAAUUCAUGGUGACGACUGUUACUUGUGGCUUAGUAACAAUUAUGUCAGCUGUGGUUGGCUUAAUUGCUGAGCCAAAUCCGACUUCUUGGAGACUUAAGCCAGAUUUGGAGUUGAUUACCGUUUGUUAUGCUGCAAUUUUUAUGAUUGUCCUUAGAAGUCUAGUUUUUGUUUGGGCACUGAAGAAGAAGGGACCCGUGUUUGUUGUAAUGGUUAAGCCACUUGGAAUGAUAGCUGCUGUUAUCAUGGGGGUCACUUUUCUUGGUGAUGUUUUUCAUGUUGGAAAUAUAAUUGGUGGAACGAUCAUAGCAUUGGGUUUCUACUGUGUGAUGUGGGGAAAAGCUAAAGAAGAAAUGUGUGUUGAAAACAUAGGCAUGGAUUCUGGUUUGGCCACUACCAGGGUAUCCUUACUAAGGCAAAGUGAUAAUGCCUAAACAUUAUUAGUGUUUUGCUUUUCUAUUUUUCUAAUUGUAUUUAUUUUUUAUUUUUUAUUUUCUUAUUAAUGUUAAACAGUGAAUUGAUGAGAUA